AUUGUGAACAUAGUCAACAUACCAUUGUUGAGACUCUGAUUUCGUGAUUUGGUUGCUCUGAUACAAAUGUAAUAAGAUAAACUGCAGCGUCUGAUUUAUAAAUUUUGCAGCCAUAAGAAAUUGUCAAUAUUACGCCGCCCUCUCAUCUCCGCCACUGCUCGUACAUCCAUCUCCUGCCUCGUCCCAGAACCAGAUCGCCCCUCCCCUCUCUUAACUUCACACCAAUCCGACUCCAUCGCGACCACCUCCUGGCUCCGACUUACCAUCACCACACCCGCUCUCCAACAACAUACAACUCUCAGUUCUCUCAUUUCUUCCUGGUAGCAACUUGCUUUGCGCCACCCAGAUUCAUAAAUGAAGCAUAUUGUUAAGAUUUUGACGUUGGUAAUUGCCAUCACUGCUUUAUGGAUUGGCCUUCUACAAACUUCUAUCAUUCCACAAAGUCAUACUUGGUUGCUACCAAUCUAUUUUGUCGUGUCUUUAGGAUGUUACGGUCUAUUAAUGGUUGGAGUUGGUCUGAUGAAUUUUCCUACAUGUCCUCAGGAAGCUCUGUUGUUGCAAAAGGAUGUUGUUGAGGCCAAGGAAUAUUUGAAGCAAAGAGGAGUUGAUGUUAGCACCAGCUGAAGUGGUCUAUAGAUCUUCUCUGAAGUUUAGAAUUAGCUGCUACCAGCAAUUAAUUAUCUGAUUCAGAGUUGGAAAGGAUUUUUGGCAUUUUACCUUGUACUCAAUAGUAAUGUACAGGCAGUUUUGAAUUUUCACUAAUGUAUGCAUACUCUUUCUGUUACAA